GGUGCGGGAUUCCAUACUACAACUGGCACUCGGCAGGUUCCGGUUCCGGUCAUAAAGCGACCCAGGACGACAGCUAGCUCACCGAUGCUAGCUCACCGAUGCUAGCUAGCUUGUUGCUGUAUAGCCGAGGACUGAAGUUUGUGUGAGGAUGGAGAACAGACCCCAGGUCAGUGGUUCCACCAGAGGACAGUGACUCACAGACGGAUCUGACCUGGUGUCCCCACCCCGACACCCCCCCGGGUUGGUAAAGAUGGCCGGUGGGAACCUCUUCAGCAAAGUGCGCUCGGCCUUCCGGAGGGAGCGAGAUGACUGGGCCCUCAGCGACACGGCGCCCUUCGACUUCUCCGACGAGCUGGUGGAGGACGAUGCGCCCAAGUUCAACAAGCUCAAGGUGGUGGUGUCCGGGGAGAUGUCCGACUACUCCGCCGGGGCGCCGUCCAACGGGGUGCCGGUGAGCACCAUGCUGGUGUCGGGGGGGGACGACGACGACGACUCCCUGCUGGACUCGUCCUCGGGCCUGGGCAGCCCGAGUGUCAACAUGGACCCGUGUGACAGCUGCACCAAGAGGAGGGAGAUGAUGAAGCACAAGAAGGUGAUGAAGAGGCUCAUGGCCGCGGCCGUGCUGUAUCUGCUCUUCAUGACGGGGGAGAUCAUAGGUGGUUAUGUUUCAAACAGCUUAGCCAUCAUGACUGACGCCGUCCACAUGCUGACGGACGUGGUGGGCAUCUUGUUUUCUCUGCUGGCCCUGUGGCUCUCCACCAAACCCCCCACCAAGAGAUUCACCUUCGGACUGCAUCGCCUCGAGGUGGUAUCGGCCGUGGUCAGCGUGCUGCUCAUCUACAUCCUGACGGCCGUGCUGCUCUAUGAGGCGGUGCAGAGGACGGUGCACCAGGACUUCAACAUCGACGGAGACGUCAUGCUCAUCACCGCAGCUGUUGGAGUAGCUGUCAACCUGGUAAUGGGUUUCUUAUUAAACCAGGGGGGUCACCUGCACUCGCACGGCCCCGGUCACGGUCACAGUCACUCUCACGGCCCUGCAGCUGCCUCAGGGCCGGUGUCGGCCGGGUCGGGUCACCAGCAGCGCUCCCACGGCAGCCUGGCUGUCAGGGCUGCCUUCAUCCACGCUUUGGGCGACCUCUUGCAGAGCGUCGGGGUGCUCAUAGCGGCCUACGUUGUCCGCUUCAAGCCGGAGUUGAAGCUGGCCGACCCCAUCUGCACCUACAUCUUCUCCGUUCUGGUUCUCUUCACCACAAUCCGCAUCAUGAAAGACACCCUAGUCAUCGUGCUGGAGGGUGUUCCCAGACACCUGGACUCUCAGCGAAUCAAAGAGGACCUCCUGAAGCUGGAGGAUGUUAAUUCAGUCGAUGAGCUGAACAUUUGGGCUCUGACCACUGACAAGACUGCAGCAGUCGUACAUCUGCAGCUCACACCCUCUAGUGCUGACAACUGGGAGGACGUCCAGGCGAGGGCCCGGCACCUCUUGAUUCACACUUACGGCCUCACCAGGGUCACAGUGCAGGUGCAGACACACAGGCAGAGGCUGGCUCACAGCUGUGCACACUGCCAGCAGUCCAGUGCUUAGACAAAGACUCACAGCGACUUCCACGCUGCCUUUUCUGGAGCUGGACAGCGAAGGACACAGUGAGAAAAUGCUCUGAAUGGAUGUCACAGCUCGGUGCCAUAGCAGGAGCCACAGUAUGUAAGUGGAAACAAAAUGGUGCCAAAGGACAGAUGCACAUUUCUAAUUACAUGAUCACUACGGCCUCUAGGGGGCCGCACACUCUUACGCUUGAUAGGCUCUCUGAGGGGAGGUUAAAUACUUCAGCAGAGACGAAUGAAAGAAUUUGCUCUUAAUUCACCAUCAAAGCCUAUUCCACAAUUGAUGUUUCAUCAUUAUAUGCAAGUGUAAUUUUUUUGUUUUUAGGUGUAAGAACUGUACAUUAUAAUUUUAUAACUUUAGUGAGGAUGUCUGCAACUGAAAAGCACCUCCUGUGAUUUGAGAGUAACUCGCCACUGGUACACGUGAGGCCCUUUAUUAUUGUUUCCCUUCAUGGGACGUUACAUUUCCUCUAAUGCUCUGAAUCAUUAUUGUUCCUCAGCCAAAGUCUGUUGUAGUGCAGAUCUUUUAAACCACAAUAAUUUUAGUUAUUUCUAACGUUGACUUGACUGACUGACAAUUAAAAAAAUAACCCCACACUGAUAUUUUAUUUGAGCACAUCUCUUACUUCAUUUCUCUGAGCAGGUAACUGACAAUCGGUGUGACCGACUUUGAAUUCAACGCUACAGUGGUUUCACUCUAUACUCUGCUUUCUUCUCAUAUCAAUGAACCGACGGUGAAGUGAUGCAGGUUGAGGAAAUCUUCAGUAUUUUACAGUUGCAGUGUUUUGCUGGAAGACGGUUUGAGCUGGAAUUUUCCAAUAAUGGUGUUUAAAUUGUUUUGAGGCUGUUGGAGGUUUUUAUUUCAAGCCUUUCCCCUCCUCUGAUAUUAUUCAUGGAGAGAAGUUCGGAUCUGGAUCGCUGUUUUUGUUUGUAAUAAAGUAUUUAAUCUUU